AUGCCAGCACGCCACCAUAUUAUACUGCAGGGCAACCUCAACCACUGCGCCAGGGCACAGGACCUAUUGGUCCAGGCCAUGGCGGAGUGGGGGGUUGCGGUGGCUGCUGUGGCGGAGCCAUACUUUGUCCCCCCGCGGGGGAAUUGGGCGGGGGAUCGGGAGGAGACGGUGGCCAUAGUGGCGUCGACUGCCGGACACUCCCCCCCUCUAGUGGUGAAGGAACGCGGGUCAGGGUUCGUGGCGGCGAGGUGGGGAGAAGUCAUCCUAAUUGGGGUGUACUUCUCUCCAAACCGCACACUAGCCCAAUUCCAGGCGUUCCUGGAGACCCUAGAGAGGGCGGUGAGGAGGGCAGCUCCGACGCCGGUGUUGGUGUUGGGGGACUUCAACGCCAAGAGCGCGGCGUGGGGUUCUCCGGUCACCAAUACCAGGGGGCCAGAGUUGGAAAAUUGGGCGGCAGUCCUAGGGCUAGCCAUCCUCAACCGGGGCCAUGCCAACACGUGCGUUCGGCGAAAUGGGGGGUCAAUCGUGGACGUCACGUUUGCGACCCCCUCAUUAGCCGCGCGAGUAUCAGGCUGGCAGGUCCUGGAGGACGAGGAGACCCUCUCCGAUCAUAAAUAUAUACGGAUGAGGGUCUCCCAUACGCCGCCCACGACGGCCUCCAACACGGCCCCCGGGGGGGGCUUUCCCAAAUGGGCACUCACCCGCCUGGACCUUGAGCUCGCAGAGGAAGCAGCCAUGGUCCAGGCGUGGUGCCCCUCCCCCACCGGCCACCGUCGACGUGGAGCAGAGGGCGGUCAAGUUCAAGGAAGACUUGACUGCCGUCUGCGAGCGGGCCAUGCCCAGGGUCAGAGGGACCCCGGGCAAAUAGAGUGUGUACUGGUGGACCGCGGAGAUUGGGGACCUCCGCACCGCCAGUACCACGGCCCGGCGGGCCUACGGCCGAUGCCGCCGCAGGCGCCACACCCAAAGUGA